ACCACCGGCAGAGCCUAAAACCGUAUAAAAGCGGGAGCAUAUCUCAAGAAAUGAAACAAAUCACAGCGCAAGGCAGCAGAGGAAAAUGAUGGCACGUUUUGAUCUGUUGUCGUUGGCGCUCCUUAUUGUUUUAUCCUCGCUGACAGUUGUUCGCGCUAAUGAAGAAAGCGUUUCCCUCGAAAGUGAGUUAGAGCAGAUGAGUACUACCACAAAGUCAGAGGAUUCUAACUCAUUGGAAUUGUUACAAGAUCAAAAUAAUGGCUUUAAUAUUGAGAAGAGACAAGGAUUUCGCCCAAGACCUUAUAUUACCAAUCGUGUCUGUCCUUACCGCAUGCGCAACAGCCCGUUAUGUUGUGCCGGAAUGUUAAUCGAUAAGCCGUUGGUAAAAAUCUGUUGCCGCGGGGUUAUUGUGCUUAAAGGCCAGUGUGGUCGACGCAUGGGCAAAUGCGGUCGCAAUUUAUUUAAUCGUAGAUAUGAGAAAUGUUGCCGUCGGCAAGUUAUUCCCAGACGAGAGAGUUGUACACGAAAGCGCUGUGGACGAACGAGGUACAUGACUUUCUCCCAUCAAUGCUGCAAUGGUAAAGUGAUCCCUAAGGGACAGACUUGUGUUCCAUUUCCUGUAAAGACCAGAUGUGGUAGUGUCCUUUUUAAUCCACACAGAUACAAGUGUUGUUUUAAACGAGUAGUGUCUCUACAUUCCCCUUGUUCGUCUUGGACUCCUUGUGGACACACCUUCUACGAUUCGCAACACCAGCAAUGCUGUAACGGCCAAGUGCUUUCUCUACGAUCUGGCUUCAAAUGCUGCCAUGGAAACCAAAUUGUCCCUAAUUUUGUUCGGUGCAGUGCGUAUGGGUAAACAACAUUAGGUAUUCACUCUGUAUGGUUUAUCAGAGUUCUGCAAGAAUAUUUUUAUGCUUUUGUACUCUUUUGUAAUGUAUUAGUGCUCGAUUGAAAUUUCCCAAUUGAAAGAACCUGAAGUUAUAAUCCGCAGCCUUUACCCAAUGAGAAUUUAUUGAUUUUAUAAUAAAAUCAUUUGCAACAUGUUUUGAAAUCA